AUGAAAUUGUGCGCUCUUUUGAUCCUUACAGUUGCAUUGGUGCAGCUGGCUGCAGCCCAUCCGGUGGUUAAAGAGGUCAACAGCAAGCGAGCCGAAGAGACAAGUUAUGAUCCAGAAGCAGCCGCGAAGAUAACAAAUGGACCGCUUCCAUCUGAAUUGGAGCAAAAGUAUGGCAUGGCUCUCAAUGCUACAGAGUAUCCAAGUAGCGUUGCCGAGGCAUUAUCUCCAAAGAGCUCCACUAAACUCAGGACAGCAUCUUCGUCGACAAGCGCUGAUGUCGCUGUUCGCCAGGCCACCAAUACAGAGAUCGAUAUCCAUACUUUUUAUACCAAGCUUUCAGCCGCAGCUUAUUGUAGAUCGGUAAUCCCUGGAGGCGACUUUACUUGCAAGCACUGUGAUCCAAGUCUGCAGCUCAUCAAAACCUUCACGACUUUAAUCGAUGACACCAAUGUAAUGGUGCUUCGGGGUGACGCUCAGAAGGCUAUCUACGUUGCAUUUAGAGGAACAAGCUCGAUCCGAAGCUUUGUUGUUGACGUCGUUUUUCUCCCGGUUGAUUAUCCAGUUGCUAAGGGAACCAAGGUUCAUAAAGGUUUUCUGGAAAGCUACAACUCCGUCCGCGAUGAUCUCAUAAAGACUGUUCUAGAGCAAGCAGGACAAUACCCAGACUAUGAAAUUGCUAUCACGGGACAUUCGCUCGGGGGCGCUCAAGCAGUGCUGUGUGCACUGGAUCUGCUUAACACAAACGGAACGCAGUUCAGCCCUGUUAACUUAAAACUCUAUACUCAAGGUCAGCCCCGCGUUGGCGACUCCGCCUUUGCAAAUUACCUUCUAAACACUAAAAUUUCUUAUGAGCGACUUGUCAAUAAACGUGACCUUAUUCCGCAUCUUCCUCCUGGAUUUAUGAACUUCCUCCACAGCGGUUCUGAAUUCUGGAUCAACAAUGAUGGCGUCCAGGUUUGCCCCGAUGGAAUUGAAACAGAUAGCUGUUCAAACUCAAUCGUUCCGUUUACAAGUGUGCUGGAUCAUCUUACUUACCUUGACAUAAACGUUGGUCUAUGUCUGUAGUGAUGAGAUCUUAUCAUAGUAUAAGCCACCAGCAGAGCUGGUUUGCUUCAUUCAAAUAUAUUACACUACCGUUGCUGUCAAAAAAUUUGUGUAAUUCAGC